UAGCCAUUUUUCUGAAAAUAGUGGGAAGUGGGGAAGGGAAAAAGGUGAUUUAUGUCAAAUUUUUCAAGGCCUGUGUGAUGAUUCCAUUUUUUUUACCAACGUGAUAACAUUUUUAACAAUAAGUCAUUAUUAUUGUGCAGUCAAAACUUUAACAGUAGUGUGUUGAUGCGUAACAACUUUGUACAAGCGGUUUUGGGCGCCGCAUACUUAUGUGAUUAGACAACAAAAGUUUUUUUGAAGAUGGGUUAUUAUUGCACUGUACCACAAUGUACGUCGCUUGCCGGCAAGACGAAAAACGUGAAGUUCCACCGUUUUCCACGCGAUGUGACAAUGGCUGACAAAUGGAAUUUGAUUCUGAAACGAGGCAAGCCAUAUACAAAAUAUUCAAAAGUUUGCAGUCUACAUUUCACACAAUCGGAUUACAACGUUACGACCAUGGGACAAUGGAAGACCUUGAGCAAGGACGCCAUUCCGUCUCAGAAUCUUCCCAAGCUGAACGCGGACGGCACAGUGAUGGUGAUCAGGAAAAGUCGCACGAUCAAAUACAGGGAGCCCGCGAGGCGCGAGCACAGUGACAAACAGGAAAAGUGGCAGUUGCAGACACAGCACCAUCAUCAAACUGUAGCAGAAACUGUGGUCAAUGAUUCACAGGAUCCUAACGUCACAUACCGUCUACAAUCGCUGACGUCAAUACAGAACAUAACACCGAAAUCGAAAAAGCAGGAUGCCUUUAUGCAAACUGACCCGGUACAGUCCGAGGAGGAUGAUACACAACCCCACAACAGCUACAGUGAACCGUCUGAGAAAUCAUACACGUCUGAACCCGUGGAGUAUCCGAUACAGAAUCAGGAGUUCCCUAAAAACUACGAGGUCCCAAAAGACUAUACCAAAAACGAUGAUGAUUAUAUACCUAGGACUAACGAGGAAUAUAAUAAGGAGGCUGAGAAAUAUGCCCUUGGAAGGAAGUCGCAUAACGGUUACGAAAAACCGGUUAUUGACGGUUUCCAAAAAGGCAUCUUGGAUAGUUACCAAAAAGAUGUUUAUACUUUCGAGAAGAAUUACAGGACGGAGCCGUAUUAUCAGAAUGGAUAUCAGGACAGCGUGGAAAUGCUAAGGAAUCAACAGCACAACCUGCAGAUGUUACAGGAACAACACCGCGUCAAUGAGAAUCAGAAUUUCUUCAACGAGAACCACAUAAAACAAGAGAUAGACCUGAAUGGAGAAGAAGAGAAAUUCAUAUAUGACAGGAGUAAGGGUAAUGAAGCCAAAGUUUACGAAGGCCAUAUGGUGCAGCAGCAACGUCUGCUGGAACAACUGCAGCACCAAGUGAAACAGGAACCCGAUGCUGUCACAGGAUGUGAAAGUGUCCUACAGCCACAAGGCAGCCCCUACUACCCAGCGACUACCCACAAUAGUGUACCAGCAGGGUACUACGAGGCGCUGCCCCGGCCCGGCCCGGAGCUGCUCAUCGCCAAACAAAACGCCCUCGCUGCGCAUCAACAACUUUGGCAGAAUACAAUGAAGCGGCCGUUUUUUUACAGCGACAGUCCACACUAUAACGGGACUCAACUGUUGCAUAGAUACGAGGAAUCUAUUUCAAGAAUCCUACAGUGAUGGGGGUACAUUCCAAAGGUGAUUAAAAUAUAUAUUAUUAAAAAAAAUCUCUAAUCGACGAUAAUCUCUCGGAUAUUUUUUAAUUAAUAUAAUAUUAUUAUGUGCGGCCUCAUUAUUUCAAAAGAAAAUAAAUGUAUAUUUUCAUAUAAUAUAAAUCUAUGUACAAAUUUAAAAUCUUAAAUUAUUGCAAAACAUUGUUCUAUUUUAUAACAAAAUGAGGGGUUCUAGCGUACAUUUUAAAUUUUGAAAAACAUUGUUUUUAAUAUUUAAGAAAUAUAUUUUAUUAUGUAUUAUCUUCAUCGAUCAUGGUUACCAUAGUAUGUUAUAUAUAUAUUUAUUUGUAUUAAAAAAAAUUAACGGUCGCACACUUCGUUUCCAAAAAAGUUCCGAUGCAAAUAUAUUUUAAAAAAUUGUACAAAUUAAAGUUAUUAUGCUUUUUAAACGUAAAGUUUUUUUUUUUUAAUGUCUGCAAUAUAUGAAUGUUAUUACGAAUAUUAUUUACAUGUUAUUGUGCGUAUUUCCAAACGAAAUAUUAAUAGUUUUUUUUUUUAUUGUUGAUACACAUAAUGUUUUUAGCAAUCGUUUCCAUUUUUUCAAAAAUAGCUAUGUUGUAAAAAUGGAACGAAUCUAAGAGUUUUUUUUUUAAUUACCAUUUUCUUUAUUUCUAUUAUACUAUAGUAAAUAAUAUUUUUUACUUAACUAAAGCUAAAAGGUGCAUAAAGGACUAAUUAUAAUAAGGGAAUAUUUUUAUUUUACAUAAGUCCCAUAUUUUCUAAGUAGAUUUUUAAUUAUUUUUUGUUAUUUACGUUUUAAUAUUAUUUUUAAAGCGUUGACAUUCAUAUAUUGUGCAUGAUUAAGCAAUAUGCUGUUGCCAUUUUUUAUAUUUUAUUGUCUAUAAGUUUUCCAAUUUAUAUUUUUUUGUUUAUUUUUUUUGCAAUAGUGAAAAUAUGUUUUCAUAAACAAUAACACGUUUACUUCAUAUAAUCUGAUAUAUUAAGAUUAUUUUUUAUUUUGUUUUCAUUUUAAACAAAUUAAGCAUAUAUUAUUAUAUAUUAUAUAUAUUUUAUUACCGUGUGUAAGUAGUUUUAAAAGAUAAAGUUACCAUAUAGUAAUUUCUGUCUGCCAUUUUGAUAUAUUUAUUCGGAUAUAUCAAUCAUAUAGUUUAUUACACAUCGAAUAUUAAAUUUGUUUUGUGCAAAGCUAUGUUAAUCGAUCGGAUCUAAAAUGCGCAAAACUAUAACUACAAUAACUAUGGUUAAAAAAAAACAUAUUUCAUUAAAUUAUUUAUAUAAAACGUGUAUAAACUUAACCUAUUAUUCAUAAAAAAAUAGCAUAUGUGCUAAAGUAUGUUUGUCCCGUUCUGAAAAUAUCAAAUACUUUAAAGUGAGUUAGUGACAAAAUAUUUCAGCUUAUGCUUAAACUUUUUUAUAAAUACAGGGUUAGAAUUUAAAUAAUGAAUGUUCUAUUGUUUUCUUAUAUUAAUGUUAAUUUUGAUUUGUUUUUUGUGGAUUUGCAUUGAUAUGUCUGAAUAAAAAAAUAUUUCGUGAAAAGGCAAGGGUACACGCUUUAAAAAUUCUUAUAAAUUCGUAUAAUUUAAAAAUAAAUUAUACCACCAAUAAAUUGUGAUUUAAAUUUAUUGUGUGUUGUAUUUUAAUUUAUUUUUAAUUUUCUUUCCAUAUAGUCAAGUAGUGAGAUUUAAUUUAAGAUGUUACGUGUACCUUCGCCUCAUUUCAUGACACAUCUCGGGAAUAUAUAAAAUUAUUAGGAUGGUGAUAAAUUAUCGAAUUUACGCGGCGUAUGUGAAGUUAGCUUUAAGUCAAUAAAUCUUGUUUUUUUUUUGUCACAAUUUUUUUUUAAAGAUACCUCUUGUAUAUAAAAGGAUCUCGUUCGUUCUGGGCCCAAAAAGGAAAGUGAAAUUACUCUUUUUAUAUGUAUUUGUAAAAAAAACCUAUAUAUUUUUUUCAUAGUCAUAGGUAUUUGGUGCCAUAAAAAUAUAUGUAUCAUGCCUCGUUGUAUGCCUAUCUGUUGUAUGGAAAACUCGGAAAAUCGAAUUAUUUUUUUUUUUGUCGGUGCUUAGUUUCUGGGCCCAGGCGUUGUUACAAUGUUACCAUAGGUAGUAACUGUCAUGCAAAUUAUAUUAUAUAUUUACUAAGAUACAUACAAAAUCAAUAAAGAACGACAUCCUUUUUUUUACUCUUGCCAAAGUACGAUUUGAUUUUUAAAUUUUUAGGAAAACAGGUGAUUGUUGGCGCUGAUUUUUUUUUUUUUUUAAUUUUUCAAAUUAAAAAAUAAGUUGAGAGACGUCGGAUUGACCUUAUGUUCUUUAGUCAUUUUAGUGGUUAAAAAGACGAAUUUUUUUUUGUAACGAUAAUAUUGUACAGAAAUAUUAUGUAAGUGACGUAACUUUUUUUUCUAUUUUUGUUUUUAUUUGCCUAUAAUUGCGAAGUAAGAAAAUUACAUAACUGGGUUGGGAUAUAUUUUUUUUAUUUUCAUAGCUGAAGUUAGUUAUUUUUUGGUGCUCGUAAUCGUAAUUUUCCGAAUUCUUUGCAUUUUUCCAAAUUUAUUUACGUAACACCACGUGUAAGGGAUGUAAAAUAAAUUUUGUUUUUUGCUAACUGCAAAUUUUUACAAAAUAUUUUAGUACUAUAAUUACUUUUAUGUCUUUAUUUGUAUUAGAAUUCGUAUAUUCCCGAAUUUUCGUUUUUUUUUUUUAUAUAAAAGUGUGUUGGCUGAAGCGAAAAUUGUCAAUGAAAAUAAUAUUUUCUAGAAAACCGGUAAGCGAAUUUGUAGUUAGCAAUACACAAUGUUAUUUAAGCUUAUAUUUUUUUAUUGAAAUGGGCGGCGCUUAUCAUUCCUUUUUUUAUUGUAUAAGUUGUCAUUUAGUUUUUUUGAGGUGACCUGAACCUUUUUAUCUAUGUAAAAUCAUGUAAUAUUUUAACUAAACAUAAAUUUCAAUUUUUAUCUGUUUUUACGCGCCGUCCACGCUCGUUUAUAUGUACAUAAAUGCGCACACGUAGAACGACCGCUAGAUUUUGAGUUGUUUUUUUAAAAAAAUUGUCUGUAUAGAUUAAGGUAAUGUAAGGCUUACGGGAAAGUAGAUAUAUUUUGAAAUUGAUAGAGCGUGCAGUUUUUUUUUUAUUAUGUGUGUAUUUGGACGCAAUUUUAGACCAAAUUAAACGCCAUCAUAAAAAAGAGUAUUUGAAUUAUAAAGAAAAAAAAAUACGCGCACAUAUAUAAAUAAAAAAUUAUAUUCAAAAUUGUCUAAAAUAUAUUUUUAUAUUUAUACAGUCGAAUUGCGUCCAAGCAAUAGCCAGUUUUUUUUUUCAUUUUAUAUGCUCAUCAAUAUUUUUCUUUCGAACGUUUUUUUUGUUUUUUCAUGACAAAAAAAAUUGUUAUGCCUGUAUAAAUGAAUAAUAGGUAUUCUCUGAAUAACGUCAAUGAACAUACAACGUUCUAAGAUGGACACAUAUAUUUUGGAUGUUACUUUUGUUAUCUUAUAAAUUUUAUUUUAAAAUUGUUUUCGGUUUAUAUAUAUUAUUUUGUACGCUCUAAAUAGACCAAAGCUGUGAAUAACUUGAUGUAAAGUCGUUGAUAAGUGGAAAAAUAAAAAUAUGCUUUUACAG